AUGGCAAAGCAUGUCCCAUUGGUUCGUCUUUCCAAGGCUUUCUCUACUGCAAGUUACCAACAACAUGAGUCUGUGAUUACUUAUGAGAUUGACUCUCAUAAAACCUCAAUUUCCAUGUCCCGAUUCAGUCAACUGCUAGGGUUUUCUCAAGCUCGGGAUCUGACUGAUUCAGAUUCAAUCUCUUCGUCUGCAACUCAGGAGAUGUUUUACCAGAUAGAGCGUUACACAAAGUUCAAGAAGCCAAACCUUUCUCCGAUGUGGAAUGGCCUUUUUACCCUUCUUUUCAAAAGCUUUUCAGAGCGGGUCACAGGGUCGGAUAGUAGGGCCAUCACUCACCUCAACGUUCCGGUGGUCACAGGCAUUAUCAUUGCAGCUAUUCCAAUAUUUCACACUUUGAAGUUCAUUGUGUCUGAUCCUACGAAGUUCGACUUUAUUGGUUCAGUUCCGAAGGUUGAUGAACUUAAUUCUGAAAAGGUUGUGAUUAAAAGUUGUGUUGGAGAUGUUAAUCAAUACUUGCAAAAUCUCAUUGAGACUCAUGAUUAUUUACUCACAGUCUCCGUUCGCCAACAUCGGGCUGAUAAACUUAAACUCGUCUUCUCAAUGCUCAAUCGAAUAGAGGGUGUUUUAGAGUCUGACUCUCUUCUGAAACAAGGGGGAGAAGUCAAGAAACCAGCUGAUGAUGGUUCUGGUGAACAUGAACAAAAACCGAAUCCAAACGAUCUGAAGGGUAAUGAAGCUUCGGUAUUGAAAGGUAAAGGAAAAUUGAUCGAUGGUGAUGAAGAAGAAGAAGAGGAUUAA